AUGCCCGCAUAUCACUCAAUCUUCCUUCAGGAUCAAGAUGUUCGUUUGAUCGGUAACUUCGCCAUACUCCCCCUACGUACGCGCACACGAGGUCCCGCCUACACACUGCCACCAUUACCUGCAGGAUCAUCAGAGCUCCAAGUCGAUCCAGAAAGCGAAUCAUACGACUCUCUCGAUGAAGUCCUAUCCCUCUUCCGAGCGAACACUUUCUUCCGUAAUUUCGAGAUCAAGGGCCCAGCAGAUCGAUUGUUGAUAUAUGGUAUACUGUUCUUGACUGAAUGCUUGGGGAAGAUCAAGGCUUCAAUGAGCAAGAAGGAUGCGGAGAAGGCAUUAUUAAAUACUGCUCUAGAUCAAUUCUCCAUCCCGGGCGAUGCGAGCUUUCCAUUGAAUCAGGCAUUUGAGGCUCCAAGGGAACGACAUGAUGCGGAAACGCUGCGGCAGUAUCUAUCUCAGGUAAGACAGGAACUUGCAAUGAGGUUAUUGGCGAGAGUCUAUGCAGAUGGUCCGACCCCAUCCAAGAACAACCAUAUCCGACCUACUGCAAAGCCUCGAAACGCCUGUUCCGCUGUUGGCAUCAUGAGCAACCUGCUCAGAGAGAUGUACAAGAAGCAAGUAAGUCUCCAAGGGGGGCCUCCACGCGCUCCAGAGACGCCCUCCCCUCCAACCAGCAGCUCCGCCUCCGCCUCAACCGGCCCCGCCGCGAGCAGCAGACCCCCUGAACGGGAGUAUACCGACGAGGAACUUGCAGAGGCAGAGCAAUGGUACGACAAAUUCAGGCGGGAGAAUGACACAGGGCAAGAGGAAGAGGCGGAGGGAGGAGCGGAGGGGCAAGCGGAGCCAGAGGCUGGAGGAGAGGGGGAUGGAGAGCAGGAAAAGGGAGGAGGAAAGGGCGAGGCGAAGGGAAAAGGGAUGACUAAGGCGGAUGGGAAGGCGGAGGUAGGAGUGGAGAAGGCCGGUGGGGAGGAGACGAGGAGGCAAGAGGAGGCGAAAAGUCAGGGCAGUAUUGGGUGGAGCUCGGUUGGGCGGUUUGGCAAGGCUGGUUGA